AUGGGGACUCCGCAGAAACACAAUCCAUUCGAUGCUCCACCACCAUAUAACCCUUCUGAAGAAGGUAGCUCCGAUCACCCUCUCGACGAAAAAACCUACCUCUUCCCACCAAGUUCCAAUGAGCCAGGCCUAGCAGUUGCAUCAACCCUGACCCGUGGUCUCCAAGUACCAUCUCGGACCGCCGCGACAACCUCUGGCUUCGCAUACCCUGCCGAACUAAUUCAAUAUGGCAUCUCCCAAGAGCACUGGCAGCAAUUCACCCAGGUCAUCUGUGACGAGGCCAAGCUUUCCCGGUCCCAGUGGAGUACCGUCAUUGGCAAGGGUCUCGGCACACUUGCCAUUGGCGGGCUGAUGAUUGGGGCUCUUAGCGCUAUUCCUGCCAUCUUCGUGGCUCGAAAUGCGAGAAAGAGACAGGAACAGCGGAACCUGAUUGCUGCCAUGGCGGGGGUGCGCGGUGAACGGCUUUCAAUGCAUAUUUCACAGUGGAAUGAGACUUUCUUCCGGCCUAAGGGUGUGGUUAUUCGGGUUGAUCUGCCGGAUGAGUAUAUUAGGGAGAUGGAUGAUAUGGAUGUUCAUAGAUCUGAUCGGAAAUGGGCGAAAUCGGAGGAGGAGGCUCGUGAGAAGGCGGCACUGAAAGCGAGGAUUGUUAUCAUUCCGCUGGAAGGGUCAGUCUCAGAUCGUUCUUCGAUGUCAAGGGUUGAAGGGAGGCAAGAAUAG